CUAUUGGAAAUCUCGCGAUGGAGGGAGGAGGAGGUAUACCCCUAGAAACACUUAAAGAAGAAAGUCAGUCAAGACAUGUUCUACCUGCAAGUUUUGAAGCCAACAGUUUGCAGAAAAGCAACUGGGGGUUCUUACUUACUGGGCUUGUGGGUGGCACCCUGGUGGCUGUGUAUGCUGUAGCCACGCCGUUUGUAACGCCAGCCCUUCGAAAAGUCUGUUUGCCGUUUGUACCUGCAACUACGAAGCAGAUUGAAAAUGUUGUGAAAAUGUUGCGAUGCCGAAGAGGAUCCCUUGUAGACAUCGGUAGUGGCGACGGACGCAUUGUCAUAGCGGCUGCGAAGGAAGGGUUCACAGCAGUUGGUUAUGAAUUAAACCCAUGGCUAGUUUGGUAUUCCAGAUACCGUGCUUGGCGAGAAGGUGUGCAUGGAUCUGCCAAAUUUUAUAUUUCGGAUUUGUGGAAGAUGCUGCAGUUGGAGAAGAAACUUGAACUUGAACUUGAGGAUGAUGCACGAGUCAUUGCUUGCCGGUUCCCUUUCCCACACUGGACUCCGGACCACGUCACAGGGGAGGGGAUAGACACAGUGUGGGCAUAUGAUGCGAGCACUUUUAGAGGCCUUGAAAAGAGGCCCUGAGCAUCGAUGCAUUUGCAGCCGCCCAUUCAAGCAUAAACCUUACUGAGUGUGCUGUUCUGAAAUGUUGUAGUCAUCCCUGAUCUUGUAGAGACUUACAGCUGUGUCCUUAGCAAAGGAGCGUAAUUGUCUUUGGUUUGGAAUGAGAAAUUACUGUUACUUUCCUUAACUGUUGGAGAAAACAAACAGAAGAAAAACAGGUAGAUUUAAAAUCUGCUUUUGAUGCUAUUUUCUUAAAAAAUGUACUUACUGCCUUUCCAUGCACCUGGAUGCAUGAAAAGAUGAAUAAGUGAUGGUCAUGGUUAUGGGUAGGAAAAUAAGAUGCCAAUAGCUCUUCACAUUAUAAACAAUAUGGCUUAAUGCCUCGAUAAGGAGAAAUGAUUUUUAAAGACAGUAUAUAUUACCAAAUGUUUGCAGUCUCUUAUAACUUUGUUCAUACUUAAGUUGUAUCUCUUUCCUUUUUGUACUUCAUGGCAAAAUUAAUUUUCUAAAGGAUUCAGAGAGGCGUUUAUAGUUUAUAACAUUUAUUAGAAAUAAUUUGUUCCACCACUAGAUUACUGUAUUUUAUGGAAUCUAAGCUGUAUAUGUGUACAUUUGUAUACAUGUAUGUGUAAAUGUAAGCCUGACGUGGGUUCAGAUUCCAGUUUUGUCAUCAGCAAGAGGCCUCGGACCCAUGACUUACUGCCUCUGAGCCUUGGCUUUCUGUGUAUCCCUGCCAUUGGGAUAAUGGUACACAUAAAAGCGGACUGGGGACCAAUUUCUAAAACUCAUGGCACCUAGUCUGUGGUCCAUAAAUGGUGUUUGUUAUUUUAGACACUGAGAAAAAUCUUAUUCACAGAAGUUGCAGAUUAUUUCUGCUAGUCACUUUUUUAUUUCUUGAGAGCUGCCACUUAUUUAAUAUUUCUCAUUUAUGUGAAGAGACUUGACUGAUUUAGAUAAAAGAUGAAUUAAUGAAAACCUUUGAAUGUGAGUACACAAGCUUCAUAUAUCUGUAAAGUGAAUAUUGAAUGGUAGCUUGAGUCAUUCAUACUUAUCACGGAAAAGAGUUGAACUCCCAGUUGUACACCUGUAACUGAAAUACCAAACUGUCUUAAUGGAGAUGUAAUGAAGUAAGAUGUUCACAUCUUUAACUAAACUUAUAAAAAUUG